AUGAUUGCUUUCGACGUCAUAGUGAUUCCGGCCGACGAUCGCCUGCCUUGCAUCGUGCCACUCAUGACCAGCCCACUUGCCUCACCCGCCUCACCCGCCUCACCCGCCUUAUCCGUCGAGCCCUAUCGCUGCGGCCGCAUCCCGCACCCGGAGAUCUACAUGGAUUACGUUGUCGAACAGUCAGGAUCUCAGGCAUGGCGCUUUCAUCUCAUAGAAGCUCUCGACGGCAUGCUCAACAAGUUCCCGGCGCCCUACAUCGUCUUCUACCCCGUUGCGUCGCGCGAUGGCAUGCCGUUUCCGGUGAACAAGUGUGUCCGCACAAUCCAGGGCGACAACUUUGCCGAGGCGGGAGCAUGGCAGGGCGACCUCGUUGUAGCGAAGUACAGGGAUACAGAAUACUCAGCAAUGAUCAACGCCUCGAUGGCGGAUUUCCCACUCAUCAAAAAUUACCUGUCAACUAAGCCAACACCGUCGUGA